AGUAGCCCAUGAGCCAAGUCCGGUGUCGUGUGUGUGUAUAUCUAUACUUUGGAUUUUAACUAUACGGCUAGCCUUAAAUUGAAAAUACGUACCACCGUCGGGUAACAUGUCUAUUGAUUAAUAGGUCUUUGUAAACCUUUUCAACAUGGUGGGAAAAUAACUCAGCAUUUUGUUUUCUGUGUGAGUCAGUAAUCCUCUAAAAAAGCAGGAAGAGAGAAAAAAAGGGAAAGUUGAAGCACAGCUGAGACCAAACUUCACCUGGUUCCUAUGCCGGCUGCCCCAUCUCCUCCCUCUCAAAUUCUCCACUAUGCCUCCUACUCCCAAACCCUCUAAGAGACAACCUCCACCACAGACAAGGAAUAGCAGCAAGUUGAUAGCCACAACCAGCACCACCAAGAGGCAAACCUCCAACUCUAGCAAGCCAAGAGGGAGUACCUCGGGGAGCCCGCAGUCGAAACCAGAACCGACGCGAAGAUCCACGACCAGGGCCAAGGCACAGCCGGCCAGGAGCCCCGGUGGGGGUCGGGGUCCAAGCCCGGGUGCCUCGCUUGCAAAAGUUAACCAGGCCCACGGUGGGGUCGCAGGGUCAGUUCAUUUAAGAAGCCGGGGUGUUCCUCAGCUCCAGCAUGGUGUGGGAGAAGACCCCCCCUGCCGCAGGAUGUCAUUACGGGGCAUGGGGAGCUCCAAGCAGUUCCCCCCCUUGGCGCUGAAGCCUAGCAGGCGUGGGAAGAUAGCCAGUGGGAGGGGGGCGAGGGGAGGGAGUGGGACAGGGUGUCAGAGAGGGAGUGAGAGAGGGAGUGAGCGAAGGUCGGAUAAGUCUCAUAGUGUAGGCCACAGUGUGGGUAAACAAGAGGAGGGCGUUGUGUGCCGUGAUAAUGAGGCUAGACCUCUGAACUCGCAGACUGAUGAAUUCGCUGUUGAAGAGGAACAGGAAGAGUUAGUUGUCUGCAGUGGUGACACGAUAGGUGCUGACCCACACGGUAAGAUUGCUGGUCAUAGUGGGAAGGGCAACUCAAAGCUCACUGAGGCCACCAGUGUUGACCAACAACAGGAAGCGCUGGUUGACAAUAUUGAUGAGGACAGUUCAUUCAGCCAGGGUCAUGAGCAUGACGACUCUAACGGUGUCGACAUGCCGGCGGAAUUAUUCAGCUCGGAAGGUGAAAACGACACCAAGGCAAACCUGGGAGAUGAGCAGCCUGACAUGGAGCCAAGAGACAGAGAUACCCAUGCAGAAGAGCACGGAGGUAGGGAGACAUUGGAGAAGGAAGGGCAGGAAUCAGGUGGGGAGAUAGAAGAGAAGACGGAUGAAAUAAAUGCGAGCAGGGAGGUUGAAGAGAGAGUUGAGAAGGCGAAGGAGACCAAGGAAGGUGAAGAAAAAAAAGAGGAGAGACGGGAGAAAGUGGUUGUCAGUAGAUCUCCGGAUGAAAGCGUGUCAUUCUCUCAGCCCCAAAAGCCACCUCAGCAGGAUGAAGUGUUGAUGAUGCAAUCAAAGUCACCUGUUCAUUCCGUACCUGUCUCUUACACAGCUACCUCAGACCAGUCACCCCCCUCUCUCCCACAUCCUCACCCACCCUCUCCGCCAUACGCCACAGUGUCAUUUGACACAAAGCUUGUGAACAAAGGUGCUAAACAAAUCCAAUUUCCCCGAACUGUUGAAAUCCAUGUACCCUUAAAAAAUCCAUCUCACAUCUGUGAAACAUCACAGGCUAGCCCUCUGAGUCGUUCAGGUUCCUUCCUUAGUGAACCCCACAAUUCCCUGUGUGUAACCUCAGCUAAACCAGCACCCAGUCAGAGCCUAGUGUGUCCUUUCCCUCUAAAGGCUGGACAGCCUCUCAAAUCAGUGGACAAAGAGACUGAAAACAGCAUGGAGUCCUCGAAACACAGCAACCCCAAAAACAUGUCAUCUUUGUCACACCUGUACACCAACAUGCAGGUCUCCACCAGUAUGUCUGAAAUAAAAAAAGAUGUUGCCAUGACUGUGUCUAUACCAGACCUGGGUCCUGUCCCAAAGAGCCACAGCCCAGAAGAGCUACCACCACUAUCAUCACCAUUAAUCAUCCCACACACAAAUAUAGUCGUUUUCACGCCUGGAACUGAGUCAGACAAAGACAUCCUGCCUGUGUCUUUAUGUGACAUAGGUUCUGUACCAAAGCCUCACAACAAGAACCAGGACGAGCGACCACCGUUACUCGGAUACACAAUCAGUGGGUCUGAACCGGUCGCAUACGAGCAACCGCAAUUACUCCAACCUAGAAUCACUGGAUCUGGACCAGUCAUAGACAAGAAACCACAAUUACUCCAACACACAACCGCUGGAUCUGAAGAAAUCUCAGACAUUGCCUCAGUCUCUGUAUCUGAACUGGUUUCAGUGCCAAAUAGCUCUUCCAACCCUAACCAUGGGAGCUCCAGCUCCAGGUUUUCUUUCACCUUCUCCUGCAGCUCAGAGAGCACUCAGUCCUCGUACUCCUUUGACACUGAGUCUGAGCAUGGGUUUGGGGCUCCUAGCCCCACUGGACACCCUGGCCUGGACUUGGGAACGCCAGAGGAGGGAACGUCUUUUUCCAGACGCCUCCAGAUCACCCAGAGGAGGGAAAAGAAGAAGAGGAGUAGGUGUGGAGGAUGUGAGCCCUGCCUGAGAAAGAUCAACUGCGGCCAGUGUAGCUGCUGUCUAAACCGCAGGACUGGACACCAAAUCUGUAAGCUGAGGAAGUGUAUGGAGCUGAGGAAGAGGAGGCCCAUGUCACUGCUUGCAGUAACAUCUACUCAGGUGGGGUGCAAGGACGUGGCCAAACUAGAAUUAAAGAAAGCAGUUUCCACGGUGGUUCCAGAGGGCGGCUCAGUAAAUGGCAGAAGCCUGGUCCAGAUGACGGAGGAUACAUACAUGGCAGCAGAGGACGAUGAUGAAGAGGGCCACAUAAGUCACAAACACCCCCGCCAUUCCCACACUUCUGCCCCAAUCCAAGAUGGCCAACACACAGCACAUAUCCAGAGGGAUUCUGGACUGCAGGACAUCAACAGAGAAUUUCUCCAACAGCACCACUCUUCUGUCGGCACCUCCCACAGCAGUGUUCACGAGAACUUGGCUGAAACCAACAGGGCUCAACUGACGGUGGGUCCGGAAUUUAAUUUGGUGUCCCAGAAGCCCACAUUACAAUCAGCAUCCCGGGUGACUACAAAAACACAGUACCCCAAAGGCAGCUUUGAGUCCGGUAAUGCACUUCUGGAUGACCCCAUGACUAUUCCUCUGAAGAAGAUAAAGCUAGAGGAGCCGUGGGCGUGGUCCACUGACCAGUCCUCCACCACACUAGAGGGCAGCGAUGACGGCGUCUAUGAGGAUGCUCUGUCCACGCUGGCAGCCGUCGUUUGUUUCUCUAUCACAGACAGGAAGGGGCUGGAGGAGAAGUUGUGUAGCUCCCGUUCCCCGAUCCUACGCUCUUUCAAAACAGAACCAGAGGACUUUAAAGAGGUCUCUAAAGUGGACGUUUGCCUGAAAAGUGCUCCUUUCAGUCCAAGGAACAUUAUCGUUAAACGAGAGCAACCCUCCCCAGGUCUUUCUAGGCCGAGCGUCCAGUCGUUGGUUGAGGAGAGGAAUAUUAGCAAUGACCAGGCUAUUGCUAUCGAGGCACUAACCUUACUGGCUAUACCCCAAGAGCCCCUAGAAUCCUUUAAAAGUGAGACACAGGGUCAGAACCCCAAUACACCCUCCAUGCACUUAUUCAAUAACAACACCCCUCUGCAGGAUGUCAAAACGCCUACAGGAUUAAUUUCCAACAAAGUCCUUGUCAUAAGUGCCCCCCCGAACCAGACCUCUGUCAUACGCUCCCCUGUGGCCAGACACAGUCAUGUCAUCCAGGGUCAUUCCCGUAGCCCUGCCACCACCGGCAAACUGUCCCUGGAGGACCUGUUAGAAGCCAGCUCGGACUGUGAGAGGCCUGCCUGCGAUAGCACUGAUAGGGGAGGACAAAAUCUGUACAGGAGAGCAGAUCAAGGCUUCGGUUCUUACCACAACAGUCACGACGGCACGUUCAGAGAGCGGAAAGACACGAAGAACAGCCAGGAAACGACAGAGAGGACUGUGACUAAGAGCGGGAGGAACAGGGAUGAGGAAGAGGUGGCAGCUCAGCUGGCCGAGUUGGCCUUCAUCAUCCAGUCACGUCAUAAGCAACAGGGUUUCCACCCCUCCCAGCACUCAGAGAACAACCCUCCCAGAGGGACUCCAGUCUCGGCCAUCAAGUACAACUACAACUCGCCGCAUGUACCACCCAAUAACAAAAAAAACCCUGUGAAAAAACCCAGGACCACAUCUUACAAACCCAGGAAGAAGAAGGUAAUGGAGGGGGUUGAAGGUGAGGGCUUCAACCCAAACCACAGGACGCCGCUCUCCAAACGGACGCCCAACGGCAAGGCUCUGCACACAGCCAGGCUCCAGAAGGUUCCGCCCCAGCCGAAGGUGUCAUCGUUCUCACCCCGGGCCCAGAUGGACCUGAAGAGGUAUCUGGCCGAGGCUCAGGAGAAACAACGGCAGCUCUUCUACUAUAGCAACGCCCACAGUGGGAUGAAAUAUCAGAAAACCACUGCUACCAUCAAUCAUGGUCAAAGUCAAGGUUAUGGUCAACACAAACAACAGUGGCCUCAUUUGAACGGUCACCACAGUGGUCCGCAAAACGGUCAUGUGGACCCUAUACAGGGACAAGGAGUUAAACCAGAACGUGAGUGUGAAAGACCAUUAUAUUCUCAGGUAUCACAGCCCUAUGUUGGGCAGCAGCACAGUGUUAACCUACAGGCCGGCACCACCAAACCCAGCUCUACCAGAGUGGACUCAAACAACCACAGAACUGAUCUGAAACCCGGUUUACCCAAUGGCUACUCCUCUGGGGGUCAGGAGCAGGGCCGUUACAGGGUUGAGACAUCAGGUCAGGUCACCGUCUUGUCCACGUCAGCUGGGGUCGCUUUGGAGGAGUCGGAUGAGUCGACACCCACCAAACACAACGUCAACAGCUUCCUGGAAUCGCCCCUCAGGUUCCUGGACACACCCACUAAGAACCUGCUCAGCACCCCCUCCAAGAAGAUCUCCGAGAUCCCCUCCUGUGGCUGUGUGGAGCAAAUCAUUGAGAAGGAGGAGGGUCCAUACUACACUCACCUUGGUGCUGGACCCAGUGUGUCUGCCGUCAGAGAGAUGAUGGAGAACAGGUACGGAGAGAAAGGAAACGCGGUUAGGUUGGAGGUGGUGAUCUACACUGGGAAAGAAGGACGCAGUUCCCAAGGCUGUCCAAUCGCCAAGUGGGUGAUUCGCCGCGGCAGUGAGGAGGAGAAGCUGCUGUGUUUGGUGAGGCACCGGGCGGGCCACCACUGCGACAGAGCCGUGGUGGUGAUCCUCAUCCUGGCGUGGGAGGGCAUCCCCCGGAGCGUGGCCGACAGCCUGUACCAAGAGCUCACCCAGACGCUCAGCAAUCACGGCUUGCCCACCAGCCGACGCUGUGCCCUCAACGAGGAUCGGACGUGCGCGUGCCAGGGUUUGGACCGGGAUACCUGCGGAGCCUCUUUCUCCUUCGGUUGUUCCUGGAGUAUGUACUUCAAUGGCUGCAAGUUCGCCCGCAGCAAGGUCCCCCGAAAGUUCCGCCUGCUGGGCGACAUACCCCAGGAGGAGGAGAAACUGGAGAACCAUCUGCAGAACCUGGCUACAGACGUGGGCCCUAUCUACCAGAGACUCGCUCCAGAGGCCUUCCAAAACCAAGUGGAUCAAGAACAGGCAGGCCAGAACUGCAGACUGGGACGGAGGCCGGGGCGACCUUUCUCGGGGGUCACCGCAUGUGUGGAUUUCUGUGCGCACGCUCACAAAGACACCCACAACAUGAACAACGGCAGCACUGUGGUUUGCACUUUAACCAAGGAGGACAACCGUGCGGUGCGUAACAUCCCUGAGGACGAGCAGCUCCACGUCCUGCCCCUCUAUAAGAUCUCACAGCGGGAUGAGUUUGGCCGUGCGGAGGGCCAAUGGGACAAGAUCCAGACUGGGGCCCUGCAGGUGCUCUCAGCCUUCCCAAGAGAGGUACGUUUGCUGGCUGAGCCAGUGAAAUCAGCCCGUAAAAUAAGACGGGACGCCAAGCUGAAGGCCCAGGCUGAAAAACAGGCUGCGUCCCAGGACGGUAAGCCUGGACAGGGUCCACACACCCCGGGCAAGGUCAAGACAGACACCCCCAACAAAGUUGGUAUAUUUUACCUUCCAGGUUUUAAAAGCACUUCUGCAGUGGAUCUGUCCCCCUCAUUCAAAACGGAGCAGCAGUCCUUCUAUGGCUCCUACAGACCUUAUGUACCAGACACUUACAACCACAGUACCACCACCUACCCUACUCCUGGAAGAUCCACCCCAGGGAUUGAGGCUCUUUCUACCCAUCACCCCGGCCUGCCUCUCCCACAGUAUAGAGGGUCACCAGGGGCCCAGAGCAAUGGUUUCCCCCUCCAUUACAAGGCAGUGGGAGAGCCUGUGAAUGGUUAUUCCCCAGGACAGAUCAGAAAGCAGCUGUCCGACGUAGGGGUUGUCCAGGGUGGCGACUACCCCACCAGGCCGUUUAAAAUGGAAUCCACUGAGGUGAACUGCUCCCCUCUCCUCAGACCCCCCCACAACCACAGCACGCCUCCUUCAUCCUCCUCUACAUCCCCUCUUCCAUUCGUCGAGGGCCUUCACAGCAGGCUCAAUGGGCUGCUCAGGGCAGUGGAGGAGGUGGGGUUCAGAGAUGGGGUCGGAGGUCAUGGCCUACCCCACGGUGCCCCCCAUCCCUCCCAUCCCCCUCCUCAGGGCCCUCCGGCUCCCCUGCAUGACCAGGAAGAGGUGAAACAGGAACAGGAGGAGGUGUGGUCAGACAGCGAGCACAACUUCCUGGACAACGACAUUGGCGGGGUGGCGGUGGCUCCCUCCCAUGGUUCCAUCCUGAUCGAGUGCGCCCGCCGAGAGCUCCACGCCACCACCCCCAUCCUCCGGCCCGACCGCAGCCACCCCACCCGCAUCUCCCUGGUCUUCUACCAGCACAAGUCCCUCAACGAGCCAGACCACGGCCUCCACAUGUGGGAGGCCAAGAUGGCUCGCAGGGAGCGGGAGAGGGAGGCGGAGGCUGAAAGGCUGGGGAUGGGUCUGGCCCCCGAGGAGGUGAGCCCUGUUAAGGGGAAGGGGAAGAGAGGGAGGAGGGCCGGCAAUGAGGGCGUGGAGCCUGAGGAGGAGGCGGAGGAGGAGGGUCAGGACGAGGAGGUGUUGAAGGUUCCUACCCGGCAGGCAAUGACUGUCCUACGGGAUGGUGUGGUCACUGUAUCCCCAUACGCUCUGACACAGGUCACCGGGCCCUACAACCACUGGACAUAAGAUGGUACUGUUAUAUGCACACAGGCACACACAAACUGACAAACACAUCAUACCACGCCACCCUGUGCUACUGCCUUACCUCAAUCUACUUUACACUUCUACUCUCAUUUUGUUUUUCUAAUGUCUGUCAGUUUGUUGUUGGUUUUCUUUGUCUCUGCUUUGGAAAUCAUGAGCAAGACGAUCGCUUGUGGGGUUUAACUGUGAGUUGUGGUGUUGAUGAUGAUGCCAUUUUUUGGUCCUGUUCUUCUUGUCAAGAGAUGGUGCUGAGAACCAAUUUUAAAUAUGUUUUUAAGCUGUUUUUAUAGAAAUUGAUUAAUAAGAACAACAAGAUGUGAUUAUUUAUUCUGAUCAUUUUCAAAAACUAUUUUUAUAUUUAAUUGUUUUGGUGCAAGCCUGUUUACUGCAAUUUUACUGUCAACCAGCAGUCUACACUAGUUAACACUCAUGUAAAAUCUCUGUGGUCUCUGUUUCAGCCAAGAGUGUUUCUUUCCACUAGAUUAGUUUUAUCAAUGAUUUAAUUAUACAGUAUAUUUGUGCCAUUUCUAGCAACAAUUUUUGAUAAACAAACCAGAUAUACCAUCAAAGACUAGACUACACAAAUGUAGUUUUAUGUGAAUAUAAUGUAGCAUGGUGCUAUUCCAUCUCUUUCCAGUUCCUCUACUGGUGGUCAUGAAGAAACUGUACUACCUUUUUUUAUUAUUUUGGUAUUUUUGUUCGGUGUACAGAUAUAUGAUGACAUAUUGAAAAAGCACUUUUUUAUUUUUCGUAACUUGAAAAAGGUCCCGUUCCAAUAUGUACAUAUAGAGAUAUAUACGCAACAGCUUGUGUGAAACCUCACCCCUUUACUCAGUAUUUCAGCUUUUAGUUGUCGUUUCUGUUGUAUUUUGAUUCAACAAUGCAUUUAAAAACAAUUAUUAAUAUGAAUUACAUAUCAGUCUCACACAAAGCCAGGCUUACAAAGCAAUUAUGAAAUGCUGCAUAUAAAGAUUGUGUCAGAUUAUGGUGCUUAUUGUGAAAUGCACUUCAUUUAUAUGAAUCUGGAUAACCAUGUAGGUUCACUGUCUGAACUUCCAGUGUUUUAAAUAGGACAAGUUGUGGAUAAAGAUACAGCAAAAAAGAAAUAACAUAAAACCUGUUCGAAAAUGGUGACUAUAUUACUGUAUAUUUCUCACUGGUGCUAACAAGAUAUCUAUCCUCUGUUUUGAACUGAGUAGGGAAUUGAUUGACAGUGAUGUUUGUCCAUAUGCUGGAUAUAAAUACAUUAUUCAAGUGGAUAGCAAACCAACCAAACCCUUUGUUGUUUCUUAUUGCCUCCUGUUUAUUCUUUGGGAGUAGCUACUCUGACAGAAUAAAACACUCCGUCAGAUCAUUUCAGGUCCUGCAACUGUGUUGAAACCUUGUUAAAAUGCUGUUUACCGACCUGUUUUACAUGGUGGCAUGCCAGCUUCGGGUGAGCUCCAUUCCAUUUUUUUAUAAGCUAUAUUUUUCAGCCAUUUUAUGUGUUAUAGGAUAGAGAGUGGGAAAAGACAGAGGCCAGAUUUAAACCCAUGCUGCAAAGCCUCCAGUUUAGUUUGCUGGACCACCCUAGGCUAGGAAACAAGAAAAAUAUUCUGAGAAUAAUUCCUAUUCUACCUUAUUCAUUCAAAUGAUUUCUUUCGCCCCCUGGAUGAAUUGCAAUUGGAAUGGAAUUGCCCCAAACGCUGGCAGCAUACUGUUUUCGUUUUGAGUUUCAUGAAUUCCUGAUGUUGCCAACAUAAUGAAAAUGUUAUACUGCACUGAUGGAGCCCGUGAACCAGUGACGUUAAGAGGCGCUUUUCCAGCCCAGGACUUCCCAUGUACCCUAGGGGUGGGCGUGACCUGUGAUACAGCAUGGCAUAUGAAAAAUGGAGUCAGACAGAAGUAGAUCUCUCCAGAUUCUAAACAGAAUGCUUUCAUGGCGCAAUCAUGUCGAGUUUCCCUCAAGGCUCUCUUUAGUUAGUAAUAACUAUGUAUGUAAUAAUACAUCCAUACACUAAUACUGUAAUCACUUCUGCUGUGUCUGUCUCAGCCCUUGCUAAAGCAGCUCAAUGCAGAUAACGGUUUCACUGGUGCUUUCAUUUAACUUAUCACAGAUGUGGAGAGUUGGUCUUUUUUAUGUUGUUUCUCUUUUUGUUUCUCAGGUGUGAUAUGUGCGUUUACCCAAGCUUCAACACAACUACAUUACACCCCGUCUUUAACCAAUUCAGAUGUCAAACCAUAUACUUUGAUUUGUCCUCUGAGAUCAAUAGGAUUGCACAUAGAUUGAAUACAUUUUAUGAAUAGUGGAAACAUAUAUACAGUUCAUAUAUCAAUUGAAUGUAUGCUGUUGCAUGUUAAUGAUGUGUUAGAAGACAGUUUCAAACACAUUAACAUGAGACAGUUUGUAAAAAAAAAAAAUUGUCCUCUUAAAUUUAAUAUUUGGUCUGACUUGAAGAUUUCCUGGUUUUACCUUUACGUGUGACUUGAAAACUGUUAUAACAUACAUUAAGAAGGAAAACCUUGCACCAGCAUUUUAAAACUCAAAUGUUUUUAUUGGAAUAAGACUAGCUAUAUAAAAUAAAACAUGUAUGUGAAACUGUUUUUACUGUAUUGGUAUUUUAUAAAUAAUGAACAGUCUGCUAUUUUGAUAAUGAUUGAGGAAAUAACUGUACAUACCUGAAAGUUGUAUCAAUUUAUUCUCUUGAGAACAUACUAAAUUCAGCAUUCCUGGCAAUGGCUGCCCUCUGGUGGUUAUGAAAUAAAGAUGUAUUUUUACUUUGGA